AUGGCCACUUUUGCUACUUUAGAAGGUAUGAAAGAGAAAGGUAUAUUCCUUAAUCUUCAUACUUAUAAUACUCUGAUUGGUGGCCUUCUGGGAGAAAAUCGACCUGAUGAGGCAUUCGAGAAAAUAGGUUUAAGGUCUUUGAAUAUCAAGGAGGCUUUGGAGCAUAAAUCAUCCCUCAAAACCCUUUUGUUGCGGUUAGUUCUGACUGGGACUCCCAUGGUGAUUUGGGAUGAUAUUUUAACUCCAACAAUAUCAGUGAUAUCUGCUGUUACUGAUCUGCAAGGUGCUAUCAAGAUGUUGGGUACAGGGCCUAAAGAGGCUCCUGAUAUCACCACAAUGGUUUCCUUGUGGAACUGUUCGGCAUACAGUGGUUUGGGACAAGAGCUGAAGCAAUGCUUGCAGAUUUUACCAUCUCUCUGUGCCAUCAAUGCAGGUAAGGAGGUUGCUAAGUUCUUCUGUGCCAAGUAUUUUCACAAACAAGUAAUCAACCAUGAAGCAUAUGCAGCUGGUGAGAUAGGAACCUCCGUUCAAAAAGCUUUCUUCAGAUUGUAA